UUAGUAUAAACAAAAACAUAAAACGUGCAUCUUCGCAUUAAACAUACGAAACAUACAGAACGUUAUAAUGUUGGAAAAAUUAUCUGAUGAACUGACCUAUUCAUUGCAUUAUACGGCGACCGAAGCAAUUUUUAUUAUCACUAUCCCAGAUUUAGAUGUGGAACAUGAAGAUGUACUCUCUUUGGAGGUUCUUGAUCAAGAGCUUGUAUUCACUGCACCACCCCAUUUUCUAAGAAUAACUUCUAAACAUUCUCUGCAAACCGCGGAAGUUUUUCCAAAAAACAUAGACUAUGAAAAAGGUUCCAUUACUUACCAUAUACCACUUGAAAUUAAAGAAUACCUUAAAAAACCGGCACAAAUAUCUUACAAAUAUGGCUUUGGAGAUUUCUAUAAUUCCGCUCUAAACAUUCAAAACACUCAGGACCUUAAAAUAUUGUCAAACCCGGAACAGUUUUCCAACGACGAAAGAAGAGCUAAACGACUUGCGGACGAGCAAAACGAUUUCAACGAAGAACAUUAUGGAAUGGACUGUAUCCAAUACAUGAUCGAUGGGUUCGGGUUGCAAUCAGUUGAAAUAGCCUUGAAAAUCCAGCUAACGAGUGAUCAAAAAUAUCAAAUUGAAUUGAUUAUGGACCCGAAAAAAUGCGAUCUAGAACAAUAUGUAAAUCAAUCAGAUUUAACAGUUCUUACAGGUUUAGUGGAUAUUCUAUUAGCAUCAUUAUACGACAAACUGGUUAAUGGCAACGAAUUGAAUGAAGCUGUAUCACACUUUAACAUUCAUCGAUUAUCAGCUACUCUUUCGUAUUUUGAAAAACACGAUUCGAUUCAUAACGCUUUGAUCGCUUUCUACCGACGCUGUUGUAUUUAUCCAUUGUACAGAAGCAAAAACUUGGCUCUGAUGUGUACAAAGUUGUUGAUAGAUGCUUUUAAACUAGAUGAUAUCAAUGAUUGGAUUCUGGAGAAGCUACUGCAUUGUUAUGAAGCUUUCAAACGAAAUGAAUGUACAGCUCUGAAUUAUUACUACAUAAAAGACUAUGUAAGAUUCGUCCAGUCAGCCGUUUCAAAAGAACGUUUGCAUGAGAUUGGAAAAGAAAUUGCUGAGUUUUCACCGUCGGUUUUCACUGGAUCGUUGGGACUUGGGGAAGCAUCUAUUGCUCUUAAAAUGAUCAAAUCGAUCAUGAAUAAUAAUGAUGAUGAUUCUACUGAUUCAGAUGAUACGUAUAGCUCCAGUACCGAUGAUGAAAGUGCAACAGAAACCAGUAGUGAUGAUGAAGAUAUUUCAAAUUCGGUAGAGAGUGUACUAGACAAGCUGAAAAAUAUACAGUUGGAGAUUUGAUUGCUUGAAAGUUACUAUUUUUUAACAGGACAAAACAUAGUGUCCAUCUCUAGAGAUGUCUAA